AACAGCUGAUUUCGGUCAUGCGCGCUCCAUUUCGUGCGCUGUGUCACGGAUUGCCGGUACUACCAGGAAUUCCGAUUUCAUAUUAUUAUUUUUCUUUCUGCUUUGCUGUCAAUUUCGAAAAAUGGCAAGUAAAACAAUUAUUAAUUUACCUAGAGUGUCGAGGAUAUUUCAUCCUAUGGCAAGUGGAUUAUAUGAUUCUGAAGGAAAGGCAGAAAUCGCAUUUAAAGGUUAUGAGUUGCUGGUUAAUUAUGGGAUUAUUAAACCAGCUAGUACCGGCAUGUAUGCUCUAUUGCCAUUAGGAAUGCGGGUCUUAAAUAAAUUAAUAAACAUUGUUGAUAAAGAAAUGGCAAACUUAGGCGCAGAGAAAAUACUGCUUCCAGCAUUGACUUCCGCUACACUCUGGAGAAAGACUAAUAGAUAUGAUACUAGUAAAACCGAACUAUUUACAGUUACAGACAGACACGACAGGGAAUAUUUAUUAAGUCCAACGUAUGAAGAAGCAAUCUGUGGUCUAAUGUCGUCGGUGGGACCUGUAUCCAGUAAACUAUUACCCUUGAGGUUGUAUCAGAUAUCCAGUAAAUGGCGAGACGAAAUGAAACCACGACUUGACCUUCUACGUAGCAGAGAAUUUAUUAUGAAGGAUUUAUAUACGUUCGAUGCUUGUUUAGAUGGUGCGCAACAUACGUAUGAUUUGGUCUGCGAGUCUUACGAUAAUAUCUUUAAGCAGAUUGGUAUGAACUAUGCAAAAGUCGUAGGUGAUGUGGGAACAAUCGGGGGCUUGAAAUCACACGAAUAUCAUUAUGUGUCCGAUAUCGGUGAGGACGUUAUACUGCGGUGUCCCGCAUGUGAUUUCUCUAUUAAUCAGAUUAUCUCCAAGACGACAAGUUGUCCCGAAUGUAAAGGCGAACUGCGUCAAUAUAAUUCUGCGGAGGUGGGACACAUGUUUCUACUGAGCACGAAGUAUUCGCAGCCGUUGAAAGCCGUAUUUGCGAAACAGCAUGAAGUAAAACCCAUGGUCAUGGGCUGUUUCGGCCUGGGACUGAGUCGCAUCCUCACGCUAGUCGUUGAUAUGUUAUCGGCGAACGAUGAAAUAAGAUGGCCUGUGAAAUUAGCACCAUAUACAGCAUGCAUCAUAUCACCGAAGAUAGGAAGCAAGGAAGAAGGUGGAUCUGUCUACGUUGAGCAACUGUUCAAAAGUCUUGAGAAAUGCGGCAUAGACGCGAUACUGGAUGACCGUACGAAAUUGACGAUUGGUAAACGAAUGAAACUCGCACGCGUAAUAGGCUAUCCUUACGUAAUUGUUAUCGGCAAGACAGCGAUGCAGUCGGUACCUUUGUUUGAGGUUCAUGAUUUAAACAAUGAUACCUACCACGAAAUGUCGUUAGAACAGAUAAGUAACUAUUUCAAUGAUGUAAAUUUAAAAAUUAGUUAAAAAAUGUGCGUGUAUGAUGCCUAGGGAAAAAGUAAUCUUUUUUAAUGACGUUUUUUAAUGACGUUGUCUGCUUAGUAUUAUUUACAGCAGAUGUAACGACCACGUGUAUAAUAUUUGUACAUAACAUCGGUGUCUUUAUUGCGUAUUUUGUCACUUUCCUAAAGUAAAAUAAAGGUCAACGAUAACCGCUGGCGGAGCGAAGCACGCCCACGUCAAAACGCCGUUAAAAUCAAGGUAAAGAUUUUUUUUAUUGAAUUUGUGUUUUCAUAUUAACCUCUUGUCGUUAAUGCGAUUUUGUUACUAUAUGAAAUAUUUUUAAAAAAAUAUAAAAUUCAAUGAAUUAUUUCAU